AUGGUCUGGAAAGUACUACGCUCAAAUAAGAGAGGGUUGGCAAUGGGACAACGACUGGCUCCAAGCCUUGCCAUUGCAUUUAUGUCUAAGGUGAGAGCACCGGUGACUGAUCUCGGGCCGCUACUCUACUGUAGAUUUGGACGCCGUACUCUUAUGCUCUGGCUUGGUUUCUUCAACAUCGUCUCGUUGAUGCUAUUUGUAGUAUUUGAACAAUUGUCCAGCUUAUUUGAGCCGUUAAAAUGGGGCUGUAUUGUCGCUAUGACAUUAUUCGGAAUAACUUAUGGGACAGUUGCGAUUUCGUGGAAAACUGCACACAACCAGCCUCCACCAUGCCGACGCCUGGAGAGCACGUCGAUCUUCGAGCGUCAGCUGCUGAACCCUUAUGAAAAUCGGAACAAGCCCGUUUGUACAGCCGUAUUGGGCGAAUCAAGUUGUGGUGCCUUACUCUGCAAACAUCUCGCUACUGAUGUAUUUUAUGGUGGCUGUAAGGCAUUUACUGUUACUGUGUCUGACUUCACCGAAAUGGAUAAAUUUAUCGUGGAACCUAUUACCUAUCGCCUUGCAGUCGCAAAGGCAUUUCGUGGUGUGCCUCACGCCGCGAACUGUGGCCUCAACGGCGACUACAGAGAAAGGAAGCACAACAAAACUGCACUGCGUUUAUUGGCUUUAACCAUCUCUGGAAUUUACAGCAUAAGGAGAGAUGAAGGAAGAAAAAACGGCGAUGGUGAUGAACUCGACACUAUUGGUGAAACACCUCACACCGAAGGCGUGCUAGUCGCAAGCACCGUUUAUUUCGCGAAGGAUGCAAAAACAGUUGAAUUCGUCCUCGAUUUAAGCGCUGCAAUGCUGCUUUUUCCGGCAGUGUGCCAUAAAUUUUCAGUAGCUAGACGACUAAAGGAGUUGAAAAAAUUGUAG